AUGUCUAACAUGAAGGCUGUGUCGUUUGUGCAGGUUUGCUCCACCAGGUCCACGGAGAAGAUCUCCAAGCAGGCUUAUCACAAAGGUGUUGUCAUAGUGACGUGUCGAGGAUGUAACAAUCACCACAUCAUCGCUGAUAACCUCAACUGGUUCUCUGACCUAGAUGGGAAGAGGAACAUUGAGGAAAUCCUCGCUGCCAAAGGAGAGAGCGUGAAGAGGAUUGAAGGAAGCGCUGCUCUGCAGAUCAUGAUGGACGAAGACGCAGAGAAACCAGACAAACAAUAAAGCUAGAGGUGUUUUUAUAAUGUGUGUGU